AUGUCUUCUUCACCAAGCCAGAACAGUCUGUUCAGACAACAGCAGCAUUUAUAUCGGUCUGCGCAUUAUUUGGCGAAAUCUAAAAUACCAACAUCGUAUACUCCUCCAUCACAAGAUGGUGCUGCGAAAGGUCGCAAAAGACGUGCUUCUUAUGAUGAUGAAGAAAUGGCAAAUAGCGAUUCCAUUGAUUUCAAACCGCCAGUACAGUUUCAUCAGCCUCCACCACCUCCAGCACAACACCAUUUGCAUCCUCAGCUACAAUCCGUGCGGGAAGAUGAAAUCUUGCAUACCACCAAGCGUAACAGAAUCAGCCUCAAAAAGGAAUUUCCCAUCAGUAAAUUAUUGGCUACGUUGGAGAAAGAUAAGCUUAUCGAGCUUAUCAACGACCUGGUUGAUUCGAACCCACAUUUGAAAUCUGAAGUCGAUGCUUUUAUACCACCUCCAACCACACAAUCAAUAUCUCUCGUCAUUGCAAAUUUAGAAAAGAAGCUUGCAGAGAGUUUUCCGUUUAGUAAAGCUUCAGCCAGAGAUGAUUACAGCUAUAAUCGAGUUAAAUCUGCAUUGGUGGACAUUGUGAAUGCGCUUGUGGAAUAUGCUGAUCAUUUCACUAAUCCUUCGCUUGAUGAACACCCCACAACGAUAUUCUCAUAUCUUCAUUAUGCUACGUGUGUUGCUAACCGGUUGCCUGUGUGGGAUAAUGAUGCACACAACCAAAUCAAGAGAGAUCUGUACUCUGAGUUAAUAAAUUAUUGGAAAAAAGCAAUUGACAUAGCAGCAUCCAAGCUAGAUCAAGGCAAGAUAUAUGGUCAGCAAGCUGUUACAGAAUGGGCUAAAGAACUUGUUCAACAUGACGCAGAAACUCAUGGUCAAUUUUCUCAAGUGUUACAACAGUUUACAGAAAGAUUGGGUUGGAUCAUUGGCAUCGAUAAUCCGGCGUCUUUAUCAGCCUUGACGUCGUCAGCUUCUGCUUCCUCAAAUAGAAUCAACUGGUAA